CGUGUGGGAGCCGCGGCGCAGCGUGAAGGGCGGGCCCUUGCCCAACCCGCGCACCAUCAGCACCUCCAUCUUCCCGGACCGCGACGCCCCGCACGAGUACGCGUCGCUGCUCGUCAUGCUCUUCGGCCAGAUCCUGAACAAGGUGACGCACUUCGUGGACGCGUCGGUGCUGUACGGCAGCACGAAGGAGGUGGCCGAUCGCCUGCGCGCGCACAGCGGCGGGCGGCUGCGCGCGCACUUCGAGUGGGGGCGCGAGUUCCCGCCGCUCAGCACCGACCCGCCCACCUGCGC